AUGGAGACCGCGACUGGAUUAUCGUUGUCGCCCGGACCCCUGUCCCCAGUUUCGGAUUAUGGGGGUGGACUGCCGGGACCGUCCCACCACCAGAGUCCGGUGCGUGGGUCCAGUCCCAGCCGCAGCAGUCCCGGCAGUCCCCGCCGAAGCAGUCCCAUUAGGGGGUCCAGUCCUGGGCCCGGCUUCUCGGGACAAGCAGCGUUCAACUACAACCAGCUGGAAGGAAGGUUUAAACAGCUGCAAGAUGAGCGAGAGGCCGUGCAGAAGAAGACUUUCACCAAGUGGGUGAACUCACACCUGUCCCGGGUCUCCUGCCGGAUCACAGACCUCUACAUGGACCUGAGGGACGGCCGCAUGCUCAUCAAGCUGCUGGAGGUGCUGAGCGGGGAGAGGCUGGUGAGUCCGAGUCUGAGUCUGAGGCAGGUCUAA